AUGUAAACUAAAUAAUUUUUUUAUGAUUCUUCUUAAACUAAUGAUAAGAAUUAAUGGGUUAAACUUGAUGCAAUUAAACGUCCCAUUUCAACUAUUAGAUUAUUUGAAGGAACUCUAUUUAUUAAAAGUAAAAAACAAGAAGCUUUUAAACCUAAAUUUUUUAAGUUGUUUUCUGAUAGAUUGAAUAUUUAUAAAGUAUAAUAUUCUUGACUUUUAUUCUUAGAAUGGAAGAGAAUAAAAAGAAAUUGCUGCCCUUUUCUUAACUAAUGUUUAUCUAGACUUAAGAUCUAUAAUUUAAUCUGAGAAAGAUAAAUUUUUUAUAAUCUUACUAAAUGGAAAUAGAAAAGUGGUUUUAAAUGCUCGUUCUUAAGAAAGUAGAAUUAAAUGGAUUGAACAAUUCAAAAAAACAUGCAUACUGAAUAAUUAUAAAGAUGUUUUUACAAACAUUAAAGUAUUAGGUAAAGGUACAUUUGCAAAGGUAACAAAAUUCAUAAAUAAGGUUCUAUUAGCUCAAAAAAUAGAAAAUAAAUCUAAAUUUGCCGUGAAGACUUUUUAAAAGUCAGCUUUGAUGGAUAAAAAUAAUACUUAAAGGGUAUUUUUAAAUUAAAAUAAACUUCUAGUAAGGAUUAUUAAAUGAAAUCAAUUUGUUAAGAUCAUGUGAUCAUCCAAAUAUUAUUAAACUUUAUGAAAUUUAUGAAAGUGGAGAUUAUAUUUAUUUAGUUAUGGAAUUUUUAGAAGGUGGAGAAUUAUUUGAUUUAAUAUUAGAGACUCCUUUUUUUAUAGAAUCUAAAAUUGCAUUAAUUAUGUUCAAAUUAUUUGAUGCCUUAGAAUAUCUUCAUACAAAAGUAAUAUUUAUUUCUAUUUAAUUACAAGAAUAUUAUGCAUAGAGAUAUUAAACCAGAAAAUAUAUUAUUAAAAGACAAAUCAGAAAAUUUUGAUUUAAAAAUUGCCGAUUUUGGAUUAUCAUCUUAUACUGAAAGUGAAAUGACAAUUAAAAGAUGUGGAACUCCUGGAUAUGUUGCUCCAGAAAUUUUAGAUGAUUAAAAAUAUAAUGAAAAAGUAGAUGUAUUCAGUGCUGGAAUUAUUUUCUAUAUAUUGUAAAAUGUUGAUAAAUUAUAGACUAACUGGAUAAGCCCCAUUUUAUGGAAAUAGUUUGGAUGAUGUAAUUGAAAAAAAUAGAGCUUGCCAAAUCAAUUUUAAAGACUUAAAAAUAUCUUAAGAUGCCUUAGAUUUAUUACAUAAGACCUUAGAACCAAAUCCUAAAAAUAGAAUCUCAUCCUUAGAAGCUUUAUCACAUCCUUUUAUUUCUAGAUUAUAUAAAAGAUAAAUUAAGAGUAUGGAUGAUAUUCCAUUAGAUGAUUUACCAAAUGAUAAUUAUAGUGCUUUUGAAAAUAUGAAAAAGUUCUGUUAAAAUGAUAUGAGAUUUAAAAUGUCUAAACUAAAAAAAAAUGAAUUGAUUUAACAAACUCCUUUUAUGGGUGUAAGAGAAUAUGAUCCAAUAAAAGCUACAUAAGAUAGUUGGCUUUAUGAAAAAUCAGGUGAAUUAAAAUAAAUGUUUCGAUCUCCCUUAAUUUAAUAAUAAUCUUCUGAUUCUGAUUCUUAAUCUGAUGUUUCAAUUUUAAAUACUCCUGAAUCAAAAAAAGAUACUUAAAGAUAUAUUUAAAUUAAUGCAUUGUAACAAAUAGCUUGUAAAUAAUCACCAAAUCAAUCUAUAUAUUCACCUAAUAAUUAAUAAAAAGAAUAAAUUUAAAUGAAUUUCAAGAAAGCUAGUUAAGUGAGAGAUCAAUUAAAAAAAUUAGGAUCUUGA